AUGGCGUCCCCUCGUCGCUUCGUUGCACUCAACGCCCAAGCUAGAUCAUGGCGAAUGCCCCCCGGAUUGUCGUACCGGAAGUUUCAGCGAAACUUCCAGAACGGCACUGAGUCAGCUCCUCUUAUUGAUCUCAGGGAGAUCGCCGACGAGAUCGGUGACUUUUACGACUAUACAGUCCUUAUGCAGGAAACAGAGGAGCACCUUGGUUCUUACAGACCAGACCUCAUCAUCGCCCCUGUCGACAUCGCUCGAGGUGCAAUUUCACACUUCAAGUCAGAGAGCAGUGCUUAUUCAACAGUUGUGUCAGCAGUUGAACCGGACACGGCUGCUUGUCUUUUCAAGAGUCUUGAGAUUGGUGAAUCAACUACGAUUACAACAACACACACUAUUAUGACUGAACUCAGAAAGCGGUACCUGCCGACUGGAUCCUGGGACAUUUUGAAGCAGGGCAUCGAUGCGAGUCUUACCGUAUCGGACUUUGAAGCACACCAAGCCGUGCUCUAUCUCCAGUCACACGGCAUUCAGGCAGGACCGGCCGGUGCUGCAUCACUAGCGGCGCUUAAACGGCUCACAAUCUCCGAUAGAAAGGCUCUUCGCUUGACCAGGAAUUCGACUGUCGUGAUCUUUUGCCCUAUGACUAGCGACGCAACUUACGACACACCACAUGAUGUCUCUGCUGACGAUCCCAUCCUCAUCACUCAAACAUUAGUCAGAAUCAAUUCUGCAAGCCCUAAUCUUGGAUCUGCGGCUGGCCCUGGAGAGACCGUGGUCGCUCAAUACAUCGCAUCAUGGUUAGAACAUCGCGAUAUUACAACCCAUUGGAUCGAAUCUGCCAAGGGCCGUCCAUCAGUUGUUGGCGUUAUACGUGGCUCCGGAAGAGAUGGUGCAAAGUCCCUGAUGCUGAACGGACACAUCGAUACCGUUACGCUGAUGGGUUAUGAGAACGACCCUCUGAGCGGCAAAAUCAUCAACGGAAAGCUCCAUGGCCGUGGAUCAGCGGAUAUGAAGAGCGGUGUUGCAGCAGCCAUGGUAGCUCUAGCUAAUGUCAAGCGCCUAGAGCUGAACGGCGUUAAGCUUGGUGGUGAUGUUAUCUUCACCGCAGUUGCCGAUGAAGAGAGUGGGAGUAUAGGUACUGAGAGCAUCUUACGAGCUGGUUGGCGGGCAGACGCUGCGAUUGUCUCCGAGCCUACAGGCCUUCAGACUUUCCACGCACACAAGGGCUUCUGUGACAUAGAAGUGGUAGUUCACGGCGUCGCAGCCCACGGCUCGCGGCCUGAUUUGGGUGUUGAUGCCAUAAUCAAUGCAGGAUAUUUUCUUUCUGAGCUUGGAAAGCUCGUUAAGCAAAUUCAUCAAGGUAUCGCUGGCGCUGGUCGUGACAUGACAUUAGGCACAGCGAAUGUGCAUGCUUCGACCAUCUCUGGUGGCGAAGAAAUAUCUUCCUACCCCGCGCAGUGCAAGGUCCUUAUGGAGUGGCGCACUAUACCAGGUGAGACUAAGGACUUUGUUGAAAGCAAGAUGCGCCAGUUGAUAGCCGAUGUCGCAAAGGUCGUGCCAGGUUUCAAGGCCGACUUCAGAAUUAUCAUAAGCCGACCGCCUAUGGCCACUGCCUCCAAUCAUCCAUUCGUCGAGCUUGUUACUGAUGUCGUUGGUGAUGUUCUUGGAUCGAAGGCUACUCUGGCUGGUGCGCCUUAUUGGACUGACUGCGCUCUGCUGGCUGAAGCUGGCAUCGUCCCACUGGUAUGGGGUCCGAAAGGGGAGGGAUUACAUUCUAAGGAAGAAUGGGUAGAUAUUGACUCGAUUGUUAAAGUGGUGGAAGGCUUAACAAAUGUUAUUAAUAGAUUUUGUCGAUAG